ACAGAAAACACAAAACCCAGCUGGGCUGGAAGAGAAAUCAUCAGCAGAAAACAGAAGAGAAAAAGCAAAAAGGUAACUUGAGAUUUGGAGGCGAUGUGGAACACGCUCAGUAUGGAAGGCAAACUCCCAUGUCUCCUCCUGCUGGUGGGAGCAAUCAUGACUGUUCAGUGCCAGGGCUUACGCACGCGUUUCAAACGGGGAGCCAGAUCUAGAGCCAUUUGCACAGACAAUUCAUCUGGAGAAAUUUACCAGCACAGGGGGACCUGGCUGAGGCUCUCAGGGAGCAGAAUAGAAUACUGUAGGUGCGACAGUGGUCGGAGUCGCUGCCACACUGUGCCUAUCAGAGCCUGCACUAGGAAUAAAUGCUACAAUGGGGGCCAGUGUUCACAGGCAUAUUAUUCCCCACAGCUCUUCAUCUGCCAGUGCCACCAAGGUUUCUCUGGGAAGCAGUGUGAAAUAGAUACUGAAGUUAAGUGCUACAAAGGUGCUGGAGUAACAUACAGGGGUAUGUGGAGCAUGACAGAGAGUGGAACAGAAUGUUUAAAUUGGAACAGCAAUGGCUUGAUGGACCGGCCGUACAGCGGCCGAAGAGAGGAUGCUGCUGAGCUGGGACUGGGCAAUCACAACUACUGCAGAAACCCAGAUGAGGAUUCCAGACCGUGGUGCUAUAUCUAUAGAGGGGGAAAGUACAUCUGGGAACAUUGCAGUGUGCCCUCCUGUUCAAAAGUUGGGAACACCAACUGCAAAUCUGGAAGAGGCACAGAUUACCGAGGCAGCCACAGUGUUACCAGUUCUGGAGCUACCUGUUUGAGAUGGAAUUCUCGAAUCCUUGUCAACAAGUUAUAUACUGCUUGGAGAAGAGAUGCUUACCAGCUGGGCCUCGGUAGCCACAAUUUCUGCCGGAAUCCUGACAAUGACAGCAAACCCUGGUGCCAUGUACUGAAAGGAAAUCAGCUCACUUGGGAGUACUGCAGUGUGCCUACUUGCUCCACCUGCGGCUUACGGCAGCGCAGAACACGGCAGUACAGGAUUAAAGGCGGCUCCUAUGCCGACAUUGCAGCUCACCCGUGGCAAGCUGCCAUCUUUGUGAAGUAUCGCCGAGCUCCCGGAGAGCACUUCCUCUGUGGAGGAAUUCUCAUCCGCUCCUGCUGGGUUUUGUCAGCUGCUCACUGCUUUGAGGAAGGCUUUAGUGCAAGCCAGCUGACGAUUGUGCUGGGCAGGACUUCCCGAGCAACUCCCGAGGAAAAUGAACAAAAGUUUCAAGUGAGGAACUACACUGUGCAUCAGAGAUUUGACUCAGAAAAUUUCAACAAUGAUAUUGCUUUGUUGCACUUGAGCUCAGAUGCGGAAGAAUGUGCUAUUGAAACAGACACCGUGCGCGCUGCCUGCCUCCCCAUGCCAGAACUGCAGCUGCCUGACUGGACUGAAUGCGAGAUCUCUGGUUAUGGCAGGAAUGAAGAAUUUUCUCCAUUCUAUUCAGAGCACCUGAAGGAAGGCCAUGUCAGACUGUUUCCAGCCAGUCGGUGCACAUCACAGCAUCUCGACAACCGGACAGUUACAGACAACAUGUUAUGUGCAGGAGACACGAGGCAUCUUGAUGAUGCCUGCAAGGGCGACUCUGGAGGGCCUCUGGUCUGUAUGAAGGAUGAUCGUAUGUAUCUAAUUGGAAUCAUCAGCUGGGGAAUAGGCUGUGGCCGCAAAGACAUACCUGGUGUUUAUACAAACGUGAAUCGUUAUCUUGACUGGAUUCAGGACAACGUGAGACCCUAAGAAAGA